AAAGAAAAAUAAAAAAAGAACUUUCUAAUUUUGAAAAUCCACUCCCUCUAAUUCAAAUCCGAGCUUGAAAGCUACAAUUAGAGUAACUGAUGAGCAUUUGAUAGUGUCCUCAUGCGCCGUAACGCUCCGAGAAUCGAGAUGCCGGUGGAAUCGGAAGAGAAAGAGUUCACGAGCUGCUUCGCUCUGUUCUCUCCCUCACGACCCCCUCUGAAUUCGAUACCAGAUCCAAGCCAAUUGCAGAAGAAGGCGACUCAUCUCUCCGGUUUCGAAUUGGCUCAGAAAUUCCAAGGCAGAGGAGGUGGUGCGCACCCUAGGAUUGUAAAUCGUAAUGCCAGAUCUAGGUCGGAGCCGAACUCUAGUUUGGUCAGAGAACUAGAUGAGAUACAAGCUGGACUUGGAAGAUACUUGAAACAGACAGAAACAAUGUCUACUAUUGGUGAAAACAAAGAGGAAGUGUGCUUUUCAGAGAGUAAAAACUGCAGUGGUAUCAAUGAUGAUACAGACAAUCCUGAUGGCAAUAGGAUUCGGAUAAUAAAUGAAUCACAGGAUGUGCUAGAGGAGAACGAUGGAUCCAUGAACAACAAAAGUAGUAUGGAAAGAGAAGCUGUUCCUAGGAUAGAAGGUCAUCAUGACUUUGAGUUAAGCGGCAUGGUCAAUAACACAGACGCUGUAAUGGAGGCUGAUGAGGGGGCAGACAGGUCACUCCUGCAAUUCAAGUUGAGGAAAGUAAUUAAAGACCUCGAGGAGGCUAAAACUCUCAAUAGUCAAUAUGAAAAAGAGCAGAAGUUACCCUUAUCUCAGCAACAGGUUGAAAGUAUUGUAUGUUCAUUUCCACAAGUGAAAAGGAAGAAGCCGGCAACAAAAAUGACUUCAAGGCUCCUCCCCUUCUUCUUUUCCGUCUUACUCUACACAGUAACAACUCUAGUAUCAACAGCUUCAGGAGCAACAUCUUGCCGAACAUCUUGCGGCAGCAUCCAAAUAAACUACCCGUUCGGCAUCGACAAAGGCUGUGGCUCUCCACAGUUCAAUGGAAUGCUCAACUGCUCCUCCUCCACCGAUCUCUUUUUCUUCACUCCUUCCGGAGGCUACAAGGUCCGCUCAAUCAAUUACGACAAGAACACUAUGCUUGUCUUCGAUCCCCUCAUGUCUACUUGCUCCAUCCUCCAGCCUCACCACGAUUUCAAACUCUCAGACAUCCAGAACGCUCUUAUCAGACCCUCCUACGACACCCUUUUCGCUCUCUUCAACUGCUCCAGUGUCUCUCCAGUGCAGAAUCGGUACAAGAGUCUCUGCUUCAACGCCGCUGGCCACUCCUGCGACGAGCUUUAUAGCUCGUGUACUUCCUUUCGCAUCUUCAACACUACUUCUCCCUAUGGUAACAGUACGGUGCAUACGACGCCGUACUGUUGUUUCACUAGCUACGAUACGGUGCGGGUGAUGAGUAUGAACAUUUUGGACUGUUCACAUUACACGACCGUGAUUGACGAUGGGAAAAUGAAAGGUGUGGUGCCUAUAGACUGGUCGUAUGGAAUCGAGCUUUCCUACUCGGCGCCGGAGAUUGGUUGCAGCCCUUGCCAGAAGUCAGGCGGCACGUGUGGUUACGACGACGAGACGGAGAUCUUUCUUUGCCAAUGUUCAAACAACAUUUCGCCAAGAGAUUGUGGUGGUGUGAGUGAUCAAGGAGGCUGCAACUCUACAAAAGCUAAUUAUCCCAUGCUUUUCUUGGUGAUGCUCGUAUCAUUUAUUUGUGCGAUCUUAUGAUCUAUCCCUCUAUUCCUGUGUCAGUUUCUAAGAAUUUAAAAUAUUAUGUCUAUGGAUUAUGAUCAAAAUUCAUCUGUGGUUUCACAUUUUAUAAACUUGUCGCGUU